AUAGAAAAUAGAAGAUGCACUGACAGUGUAAAGUAAUGUUACACUAUCAUACGAUUCCUAUACACCGCCUAAUUCCAAUGGAUUUGGUAAUGGUAUUGGUAAUGGUGGUGGUAAGCAUGGAAAUCAUAGUAAUCAUCAGAGAAAUUAUUCGCAUUCGGGGAUUAAUAUGAAGGGAAGGGAAAGUGAAGACCCUGAGACUAAGGCAAGUAUGAAGGAAAUGGCAGCGAGAGCACUAUGGCAUUUGGCUAAGGGUAAUGUGGCGAUUUGUCGUAGCAUUACGGAAUCAAGGGCUUUGCUGUGUUUUGCUGUUUUACUUGAGAAAGGACCGGAGGCUGUGCAGUAUAAUUCUGCUAUGGCAUUGAUGGAGAUAACUGCGGUGGCUGAGAAAGAUGCUGAAUUGAGAAAAUCUGCAUUUAAGCCUAAUUCUCUUGCCUGCAAAGCAGUUGUUGAUCAAGUGCUUAAGAUAAUUGAGAAAGCGGAUUCGGAUCUCCUCAUUCCUUGUGUCAGGGUGAUUGGAAAUUUGGCAAGGACAUUCAAGGCUACCGAGACAAGGAUGAUUGGUCCGUUGGUGAAACUGCUUGACGAAAGAGAGGCAGAGGUUUCCAGGGAGGCGUCGAUCGCACUCAAGAAAUUUGCCGGCAGCGAAAACUACCUUCAUGUUGAUCACUCCAAAGCAAUUAUAAAUGCAGGUGGGGCAAAACACUUGAUUCAGCUUGUGUAUUUCGGAGAACAAAUGGUUCAGAUUCCAGCAUUGGUUCUGCUCUCUUACAUCGCAUUACAUGUUCCGGAUAGCGAAGAACUUGCUCUGGCUGAAGUGCUUGGAGUGCUUGAAUGGGCAUCCAAACAAUCUUUCAUGCAACAUGAUGAAACCCUUGAGACAUUGUUGCAAGAAGCCAAGAGUAGGUUGGAGCUUUAUCAGUCUAGAGGUUCAAGAGGAUUCCAUCAUAAAUUGCAUCAGUAGGAAGCAUAGUACAUUGUCAUCAUCAUUGUAAAUGUAAAGGUUUUCCGAUCAUUCAUGAUUCUUAUCCGUUCCAUCAUUCUUCUGAGCGUGUAUACAAUCAGUUUGGCUCCUCUAAAGUGAGUAAACCGAAAAGCAAGAAAUUUAGUUGUUAUUUCAACAAACUCGUGACUUGUUAUGAUAUACAUGUAAUAUCUACCUUUG